UGGCACGCCAUCGGGACUGUGGUCAUCGUGGCCCCGAGGGGUGUGGCCCCCGCUGUGGCAGGCGGCCCUUAUUUUUCUGUAUUGAAGGUGGCAACCCUAAUUAAAAAGCAACCACUUGGAGGAGCUUUAGCUGAUAACUAGCAGAAUUGGGACAGAGGACGGUACAGAGUGUUUUUCAGGUCAAAAAAGAAAUAAAGAUGUGGGGAUGGACAAGGAAGGCAGCUCUCAUGACAGCAUUAAAGGUACAGCAGUGCCCAACACUGUCCCAAAGUGCUUAUCUACAAUGGAUCCAGGUUCCGGUCUUGGUGAACCUUACAGCAUGAUCUCCAGACCCAGAUGAACAGUGUAACAGGAAUGUAUAAGGUCUUCUUGACAACAGCGUUCCUGAGGUAUCACAGUGAUGUUGCAACCAGUUCAUCACCUCCUCAGAGAACAUCUACAAGUAAAUAAUCUCAAGGAUUUGAAAGGAUUUGAAAAUUUGUUUGAAAGGAUUCUAAGCAGGGACAAUUUGGGAAUAUUACAGAAGAAUGUAUUAAAGAAUGGACUUUAAGGACUUUUAGGUUUACCACACAGUUACCAUCAGGAGAAUGGCGAGGACUGGACAUAGAACGCUGGGACAAAACUACAUUGGUUUUACUUGCAUGUUUGAUGCCUUGGAAAAACAACCAUUAUGUGGGGCAGUUCACUCUACAGACAAUGUCAUUGAAUCCAGCAGACAAUUAGUCUUUGAGGAAGAUGUACCAGAAUUUGAUUUUGAGUUACCAAAAUAUAUAAUAAUGUAUUAUUAUAUAAUAUGUUAGUCAUUAUUAGGGAUGCCACAAUUCUCAAUAUAAUAUUGAACCGUUCGGUACGACAUCCACGGUUCAAUACGCGCUUGUGAAUUGCGUUUUUUUUUCGGUUUUACUUUUAAAUAAUUUAUUUAAAGUCUGAAAGUCAUACAAGCGCUCAUUUGAGAAGAGUGAAAACGCAGUGAAUACAUGGAAGUUGAGGAGGCCAAAUAUGUUACUCCCAGUUACCACAGAUAACGCUCCGAAUAUUGUGACUGCAGUUAAUGAAGCUGAUGGGCUGGGGCCACAGAUAAGUUGUUUUGUGCAUGUUGUAAACCUAGCAGCCAAGAAAGCAGUGUCAAUCAACACAUUGUCCCGCCUCCUGGGGAGGGUUAGAAAAAUAGUAACUUUUUUUCACAAAAGCACCAAAGCCCACCAUGUUGUGACUGUGAAGCAGGAGAUGUUAAACUUGCCCUGACACAAGUUAAUUCAUGAUGUCACAACUCGGUGGAAUACAGUACAUGACAUGUUGGAAAGAUACACAGAACAGCAGCCUGCCAUCUAUUCUGCCUUUCUGGACAAAGAUCUGAAGCUUUCUGUCAAGAACAUAACCAUGUUGAAUGACAGUGAACAGAAACUGGCAGAAGAACUGUUUCAGGUCCUCACAACACUGAAAACAGUGACAACCCUGAUGAGCAGUGAAACAACCCCCCACUAUAUCAAUGAUCCUUCCUCUGAAAGAGAUGAUUCUCAAAUCCAUGUCACCAGGAGACCAGGACACUGCAACAGUCAAAAAAGCCAAAGCAGCCAUUACAAAUGAUCUGGCAAAGAGGUACACUGACCCUAAUCUUCAUGAUUACCUCCAAAUGGCCACAGCCCUUGACCCAAGGUUUAAAUCGCUGCCUUACCUUGCUGAAGACUCUCGUGAUAAGCUCUACAGGAAUAUCAUCUGUGAAAUUCUGGAGCAUGAACAGCAGGGUCUAGUUCAGAACCCUGUGCCCUCCACAGAGGAAGACAAUCCAUCCUCUCCCUCUCCCAAGAAGAAGACACCAAUGUCAGAGGUAUUUGGGGAGCUUUUCAAAACUGAGGAACAGCAGAGUAGGCCAUUUGCCCAGAUCAUUGAGGAGGAAGUCACCACAUACAAGUUAGCAGACAGUAUUCAUGUGGAUGCUGAUCCAUUCAUAUGGUGGAAAACAAAUGAAUGCAAGUUCCCCCAUGUAGCAAAAGCUGCACAACAACACCUCUGUGUCCCAGGAACCUCUGUUGCGAGUGAGAGAAUUGUCUUCACUGCCGGGGACAUUGUAAGUGCAAAACGCUCUCGCCUUGCUGCAGAGAAUGUUGACAGGCUUAUCUUUUUACAGAAGAACCUCAAAAUACAGGAAUAGAUAGCUGACCUAAGUGAAAUUGCACUUUACAUUCUGAAUGAAGGAUACUGUACUGGAGUGCUGUUAAGUUUAAUUAAGAUGAUUUAUUUAUGUUCACUAACUUCACAUGUAUGUAUAUUUUCAAAAUUUAGUAAUUUAUGUUCCCCAGUUUGUACAUGGGCUCCCAGCAGCUGUGAGAUGUCAGUGUUCAUUUUAAAAUAAAAAAUGUUUAUAUUAUACAAAACACUAGGAACC